AAUAAUUCAUUAUAAAUUUUUCUUUUUCAUAUUUUAAAUUACGUUAAAUUUUCACUAAAUACUUACAUCUACAUAUAAUUCACGAAUAAUUAUUACGAAUAUGGCAUCAAUUUUAAAGACUUUUAAUGGAAUUCAACUAUUCAAUAAAUAUUUGAAACAGAGUAUUGAUAAAAUAUAUAUUCCAAAUCGUGGUAAAAGAUUGAAUCCUCCACCAAAGAAACGUCAUCCAGAAUGGCUACCAAAACCAACACGUGUAUUAUAUAAUGAAGAACUUACUUCAGAAAAUAAAGAAUUUCUCUCAGAAAUUGUUUCAUCUACUAAAGGACUACUCAAUAACAAUACAUCUCCAUUAAAUAAUGAAUUAAUUCAAUCAAAUGCAACAUGGACUCCAAAUUCUAAACGUACUGGUUUAAUUGGUAAAAAGAUAGGAGUAUAUCCAAUGUGGUUAAAAAAUGGACGAAAAGUAUUAACUACUUUAAUACAGAUUGUAGAUAAUGAAGUUGUAAAAUAUAUACCACCAGAAGAAUAUAAACCAGUUAAACCUAUUAGACAUAGAAUUGAAGUAAAAAAUGGCUGUCUUGUAUUAGGUGCUAUAAAUGUUGAUCCACAAUUACUUACUAAAGAAUAUUAUGGAAUAUUUAAUAAAGCAGGAGUUACACCAAAAAAAGUAUUAAUGAGAUUUACAAUUUCACCAAAUGCUGUUCUCCAACCAGGAACUCCUUUAUAUGCAACACAUUUUAAACCAGGAGAAUUUAUUGAUAUUCGUGGAAAAACAAUAGAUCGUGGCUUUCAAGGUGUUAUGAAAAGAUGGGGCUUUAAAGGUAUGCCUGCUUCUCAUGGUGUAACUAAAACACAUAGAAGACCAGGCAAUAUAGGUUCAGGAGGUAAAUUGGCUAGGGUAAUGCCAGGUACUAAAAUGCCUGGACAUAUGGGAAAUCGUUGGCGUAUUCUUAAAGGUGUAAAGAUACUACGAAUAAACACUAAAUAUAAUGUAAUUUGGGUAUUAGCUCAAAACGUACCAGGAGAGCUAAAUACUAUGUGCUAUUUAUACGAUACGAUUUUACCUACUAAAAAAAGUACUUCGCCAUAUUUUCCUACAUAUUUGUCAAAUGAAAGUGAACUACCUGAAAAUCUUUAUGCAGAUGAUGUUCAUCCAUUUGAGAAUCCUACAAUUGUAUUCCAAUCAGAAUCAUAAUUGUAAUAAUGUAAUAAAUAAAAAAAAUACUUUAUAAGAA